CAGGCUGUUACAUACUCAGGGAAUAAGCCAGACUAUUCUGAAAAAACAAAUUCUUUCAAAUACGCUCCAAGUGAGUGUACAAAGAAUGUGCCUGUCUGGUGGGAGGGGGAGCUGGUGAUACCUAAAGAAAAAUAAUGAAUGUAAACAAUUUUGUUUUGUUCUUCCUACUUCUCAACUUUUGUGAUAUAAUUGGUAAGAGGGAAAUUAAGGCAACCAACAGGGGUCAGAGGAGGCAGCUCCACUCUCAAAAACAACAACAAGUUGGCAUUGUGAAUCGCAAUCCAGCCAGACAAUCCAAACCUAGACGUUCAUUCUCCCCUGCAAAAGUUCCAAACAUUAAUGCAGAUGAAAGCACUGCAACCUUCCUGGAUUCAUACAUAGGUGUUGAUGAAACUGAAACCAACUACAAUGUAUUACCAGGUAGACAAGGACGUUGCAAAGCAAAUGGAAUGAUCAUGUAUGACAAGGCAGUUUGGUCUCCAAAACCUUGUGUGACCUGUCUGUGUUCAAAUGGAAACGUGAUCUGUGAUGAAAUGAACUGCCCCAUCUUAAAAUGUACGAGGACCAGAAUACCAACAGGAGAAUGCUGUCCAAUUUGCAUUUCAAUUGAGCCAAAUGAUCCAAGUGAAAUUUAUCAUCCAGUGAUUCCUGGUAAUCAAGCUAUGCAAAUAAAACAAUCAGAACUAAGGAGAGAAAACCAGAAAUUAGAAGAAGAGCUGCCCAGAAAAGAUGAGGAACUGAAAAGAAAGCGUGAAGAGAAAAAGAAAAAUGACGAAGAAGAACAAAGGGAACUUGGAAAAUCCUAUCAUAGAGAAGAAAAGCUACGAGAAAUGGAAGAGGAAGAACUUCAAAAACUGCAGGCAGAGGAACAGGAACAUUUACAUGAAGUAGUUCAGAGGAGUAAAGAAAAGGAAGAAAAUCCAGAACUUGUAAAUGAAAUGAGAAAUCUCUCAAAAACUAUACAAGGGGGAGAAGAACAAGAGAAUAAUUAUGAUGGAUAUGUUGAUUAUGUUGAAUAUGUUGAAUAUAACGAUCACCAAGAGGAGGAAGAGGAGAAGCAAUUGAAGGAACAAGAGGAGGAGGAAGAAGAGCGGCAAGUGAAGGAACAAGAGGAGGAGGAAGAGGAGAAGCAAGUGAAGGAACAAGAGGAGGAGGAAGAAGAGCAGCAAGUGAAGGAACAAGAGGAGGAGGAGAAGGGCAAGAAAGAGAAGGUAAAAGAGGCGAUGGAGGAGCAACUGGAGGUAUACAAGGAAGAAGAGAUAAUGGAGAAUGAGGACGUGGUGCAGGAGGUGGCGGAAGAGGAAGCAGUAGUGGAUGAAGCAGAGGAGCAAGAUGAGGAACAAGAGGAAAAGCAAGGGGAGGCAGAAGAGGCGUUUGAGGAAGAGGAAGAAAAUGGCUACGCAGAUGUUUUUGAGUUGUCUUUAUUUCCUUCCAUAUUUGAAUCAAUUCCAGUUCAUUCUGGUGAAGAACCCCCAGAAUUUUCUCUUCCAGUUGGCUGCGAGACCACAGAUAUCACAAUAAAUUGCAAUAAUGCCAAGUUGAUUCAAAUACCUCCACUCAGUGAUCUGGAGAUUACAAAUCUUUAUCUUGCAGAUAAUAGGAUUACUACUAUUCCAGCAGGGGCAUUCAAUGGGUUUCCUAAUCUCAAACUAAUUGACCUCAGUCGAAAUAAGAUUCUUUCUUCCAACAUUGACCCAGCAGCAUUCAGAGGAUUAAAAAAACUGGAACGCCUAUACAUGGAUCAAAAUUUGUUGAUCCAGAUUCCUCCUCAACUCCCUCGAAAACUUGUCGAACUAAAAGUAAAUGACAACCUACUUCAACAACUGGAUGAAGAAGCUUUCCAGGACAAAAGUCUGCUGAACAAAAAUAUGCAUCUGAGUGAAAUGCGAGGCUUGGAACUUUACCUUGAAGACAAUGAAAUUGAAGAAAUAUCAGAAGUUAGUUUGAAUAGGACUACCAAUUUGAACGUGAUGGUUCUCAGGAAUAACAAGCUUGAUGAAACCAGGAUAGCACCAUUCGCUUGGAUAAAACUCAAGAACCUAGAAUAUCUGGACCUCUCACACAACAAGAUAAUUCAUGUUCCAUCAUUACUACCCAAAGGUCUGCUUUAUCUUAUACUUGUUCAUAACCAGAUUGAGCAAAUUCCAGGCUUUGUGUUUGCUCACAUGGAACCAGGAUUAGAAAUUUUGUACCUAUCUUUCAACAAAUUAACCAGCAAUGGAAUUGACCCAGUUUCUUUCUUUGGCACCUACAAUACUAUGAGAGAACUGUAUUUGGAUCACAAUAUGUUGAAAAAAAUUCCUACUGGAAUUGCUGAAAUGAAGGCACUUCACUUUCUGAGACUCAAUGAUAACUUAAUCAGGAAUGUUCCACCGGAAUCCAUCUGCACAAUGAACGAUCAAGGUGAUUCAAAUAUUCGAACACUGCAUCUUGAAAACAAUUACAUUAACACACGGAGAAUCCCACCAAGUGCCUUUUGUUGUAUAGAAAAAUACUCAAGUGUGAUCUUGACACCACAAAAGGUCAAAAAAUAACUAUUCUAGAACCUUUGAUGUGACACAAGUGGGAAAUCUGAUUGUGCUGUUGUAGAGCGACUGCAAGACUUCUUAAUUAUGUGUUUCAAAAGCAUCUUUGCAUCUAGUGAGACCCCAGAGACAACUGCCAUACGUCCACUUAACCUGCCUACAUGUGCCAGAACCAGAAUGGCAGCCAUCUGAAUCUUUGUUUCCUUCAAGAACAAACAAUUCUUGGCCAAAAGUGUUUUUUCUCAAUGUGAACCUCUGCCUUAUAUGUGCAUUUUUGUCUAUGUGAUUUGAUUUAUAUGAGACAUUUAUAUUUCCUUACUAAAAGUUGUUUGCAUCAACCAGCAUUGUAUCUUCAUUGAAUAAGUUCUACUUUUUGUAAACCAAUAAUUUUGCGCUAUUUCGGAAACACAGUUAAUGGAUCUUGUUAGUCUAUAUUAUAAAGUAUACGACUAGCCAUAUUGGGAACUCGGUAAAAUAAUUAAAUUUAUGUUGCGAUCCAUGGAAUUGCGAAACUAAAGAAAGACAGUGCACUUCUCCCCUCUCUGUUGUAAAGCUCCAACAGUUUCAAAAGAUUAUCUGAAUUAUUAUGAUGACAAUUUCAA